GCAGGCAGCGAGGUCACACUGGCAGCCGCUCCCUCUCCAGCCCCGAUCUGGCCUCAGGCAGCCGGUGCCCUUGGACCGAGAAAGGGAUGGCCGAACAAGAAGGCAGUGGGCUGCAGGUCCUGCUGAGUACGCUUCAGAGCUCCUCAGACAAAGCAUCCAUCCUGACCAUCCUCCAGCUCCUUGGAAAUUUGCUCUCUGUUGGCACAGACCGGAGGAUUCACUACCUGAUCAGCAAGGGUGGCAGUGAAGCCCUCCUGCAGACCCUGUUGGAUACUGCAAGGACACCUUCUCCUGACUAUGAAAUUCUCCUGCCUCUCUUCAGGCUGCUGGCCAAAGUUGGCCUCAGAGAUAAAAAAAUUGGGCAGAAGGCACUGGAAUUGGAAGCACUUGAUGUGACACUGAUCUUGGCCAGGAAAAACCUGUCCCAUAGCCACAACCUUCUACACUGUCUUUGGGCUCUGCGUGUGUUUGCCUCCAGUGUCAAAACAGGAGCCAUGUUGGGGAUUAAUGGAGCGAUGGAGCUGCUUUUCAAGGUCAUUACUCCUUAUACCCGAAAGCGCACACAAACAAUCAGGGCAGCCACAGAAGUUUUGGCAGUAUUGCUGAAAUCCAGGUCGAACAGCCGGAGGGCAGUGAACAGAGGCUAUGUCACCAGCUUGCUCAGGCUGCAUCAGAACUGGCACACCCAUGACACAACCAACACCUAUGUGCUGAUCCGCCGGGGGCUCCUGCUGUGCCUCAAGUGCAUCACCACCAUCUGGUCUGGCAGGGAGGCCUUCCUGGCCGCCCAGGGCAUGGAGACCCUCUUCAGCAUCACACAGAACUGUCUGGACAAUGAGAGCAUGGAGCCUGUCAUCUCAGCUGUGCUUCAGAUCCUGAGGCAAUGCUACCCCAAGAGUCCCCUUCCCUUGGUCACAGCCUGCAGUGCCUAUGCCUUCCUGGUUCCUGGGAGCAUCCCCUCUGCACCCCCCUGUGACCCAGCAGAAGAGGAUUUUGAAGAUGAUGGUGAUGAGGAGAUGGACAAAGACUCAGAUUUGGAAGAUGCAAAAGAGCAAGAUGAUGACUUGGAAAUUGACAUGGAAAAGCUGAACUUCAGACCUGGUCUUGACCGACCUGAAGAGGAACUAAAGCAAUAUGAGGCCUUGUGUCAUGAGCUCUCCUAUGGCUUUGAGGAACUGGAGUCCAAACUUGGAAAUGAUUUGAACUUUGAAGGCAUUCAAUCUGCCAAUCACCACCACAUUCCAACUGCUGCCUCCCCAAAGCAGCAUUGCUUGAAUAAGGACCAAAGCUUCCAGGGGAAAGAAAGAGAAGAUACAAUCCAGACUUCUCUUCUGAGCAUGGUGAAGAUGGAGAGGUCCACUGCAUAUCUGACCUCCAAAAAAAGACCUGGCAUGAACACAUACCACAAUACACAUCCCAAUGGUCUUGGGAUAGAUGCUCUUGAAAAUGGUAUCUCUGAUAUGCAGGAUUUUCUGGAAGAGGACAUAGAAGCCAUUUCUUGCCCAAAGAUGAAUGCCUCCUUUUCCAAUCCUACGAGGCCCAGAGAAACUGUUGAAGUAAUAGAUAAGCUUCUGCACACACAUCCCAAGCAUAUUCCCUUCCAUGACCCUUAUCUUUAUACUGCCAAAGCCAGAAGAACCAGAUCUGUGGUGGAUUUCAAGAUGAUAGCAUUUCCUGAUUUCUGGGGACACUGUCCACCUCCCUUUUCCCAGUCCAUGUUGGAACGCAAACGUGGAGUUCAAAGGAUCAAGAUAAUCGAAGAUGUCCGGAGGCUCAUCCAGCCAAGUGAUGUUAUAAACAGAGUCGUCUUUAGUUUGGAUGAGCCUUGGCCUUUGGAAGAUACUGCUUCCAAUUGCCUAAGGUUCUUCUCCAAGUUUGAGUCAGGAAAUCUUCGGAAAGCCAUCCAAGUGCAUGAGUUUGAGUAUGACUUGCUGGUCAAUGCUGAUGUGAACAGUGCCCAGCACCAGCAGUGGUUCUACUUCAAAGUGAGCGGCAUGAGGACUGCCAUCCCCUACCGCUUCAACAUCAUCAACUGUGAGAAGCCCAACAGUCAGUUCAAUUAUGGGAUGCAACCAACCCUCUAUUCCGUGAAGGAGGCCCUCUUUGGCAGAUCCACCUGGAUACGGACAGGCCAUGACAUCUGUUAUUACAAAAAUCAUUAUCGCCAGAGUGCAGCUGCCAUGGGUGGAGCAUCUGGGAAGUGCUAUUACACUCUCACCUUUGCCGUCACCUUCCCACACAGUGAAGAUGUCUGCUACCUGGCUUACCACUAUCCCUACACAUACACAGCCCUCAUGACUCACCUUGAGAUCUUGGAAAAAAGUAUCAAUCCCAGGAAAAUCUACUUCCGGCAGGCCACUCUCUGCCAGACACUGGGUGGGAAUCCAUGUCCACUGGUGACCAUCACAGCCAUGCCUGAGUCUAAUUGUGCUGACCAUCUGGAGCAGUUCCGACAUCGUCCAUAUCAGGUGAUCACUGCCCGAGCUCACCCUGGAGAGAGCAAUGCCAGUUGGGUGAUGAAGGGCACCUUGGAGUUCCUCGUCAGCAGUGACCCUGUGGCGAGGCUCUUGAGGGAAAACUUCAUUUUCAAGAUCAUCCCUAUGCUAAAUCCAGAUGGAGUCAUCAAUGGCAAUCACAGAUGCUCACUGAGAGGGGAGGAUUUGAACAGACAGUGGCUUGCUCCCAAAGCCCAUCUCCAGCCAACGAUUUACCAUGCCAAAGGACUCCUCCACUACCUGAACAGCAUUGGCCGGGGGCCUGUGGUCUUCUGUGAUUUUCAUGGUCACUCCCAAAAGAAGAAUGUGUUCAUUUAUGGCUGCAGUGUCAAGGAAACCUUAUGGCAAGCAAACUGUACCGUGGGUGCACCUGCUCUCUUGGAGGACAUCAGCUACAGGACUCUUCCCAAAAUUCUUGAUAAGCUAGCACCUGCAUUCACAAUGAGCAGCUGCAGCUUUCUGGUGGAGAAAUCUCGAGCCUCUACUGCCCGGGUGGUGGUGUGGAGAGAGGUGGGUGUGUCUAGAAGCUACACCAUGGAGACCAGCUACUGUGGCUGCAAUCGGGGCCCCUAUAAGGGUCUCCAGUUCCGCACCAGUGAGUUGGAAGAGAUGGGAGCCAUGUUCUGCUUGGGCCUCCUCAUCCUGGAGCUCAAAUCUGUAAGCUGCAGCCAUCAGCUCCUGACUCAAGCUGCAGCUCUGCUGAAUGCUGAGGAAGACACUCUGGACCACCACCUCCAGCGGUGCAGCAGGACCAACGUCUCCGACCUAGAUGAUGAGCCAGCCUGCAUGGAAGAGGUUGACUACACUUCAGAUGGCAGCUCAGACCAGGAUGAGAGCAUCCUUGAGCUGGACCGGCAGAUCCAGGCAUGUGCCUUCAAUCAGGAUGAGGGAGAAGAAGAGGAGGGGACAAGGCAGAGAAGAAACACCAUCCUGUAAUCCUGAGGUUCAUAGAAACUCUGUUUCCAGUCACUGGACUCAGACACACACAGCGUGAAAUGGCCUGUGUGAGCUCCUGAUUUCAUUCUAGUUCUACUAUGCAUAGAGUCUGGUUACUUCUCAAUUAUAACAUUUUUCUACACUGCUGUACUGCCCUUGGAGCCUAUACAUGCUGCCGUUGCAAUUAGAAUGGGACUCCAUGGUAUGGGAUUACCAUGGGGCCUCUCCAGACAGCACUGAGCUCCCCUGCAUUCCUGUGCUUGAAGCUGAAGCUGGCUGGAAGCAGAGGAGUGGGCUUUCUUCCUGGUUUCUCAAUCAGAAAUCUAUAUGCCUUUAAAUUGUUCCAUAUAUGAGUGUUACAUCAACCAUAGCAUCUGAGCUUUCCAGCACCAACAUAAGCCACUGAAACUCUGAGGGUCCUGGAAGGGUCAGAAAGUAUUGGAUGAUUGAACAUAGAAGGCUGUGCAGUCAGGUAAUUGCAAAUAUCAUCCUGCAGGUCUGUAACAGUAUACAUUUUAUGGAUUUGGUAGAGGCCAGAAGCUUGGUUAGAUUCUAUGGAAUAAGACAUGAUCACUGGUCCUCGCAAAUUUCAAAACCCUACAUAUUCAGGCCAUUAAACACACUCGGGAAGACAGCGUGAUACCCUGGAAAAUGCAUUCAUUUCAGAAUCAGACAGACAAAUGAGGUUUGUAUCCUGGAUCUGGCAUUGCCUGUUAUGAAAACGUAGGCAAGUAAUUGGAUCUCUCCAAACUUCAGAGUUUUUAUGCAUCCAGUAAGAAUGAGUGUAUGUAUACCAUGAAGUUAUCCCAAAGAUGAAAUGAGAUAUAAAAGUGUGCAGCUUGGCACAUGCUACACAAUAGUGUUGGCUUUUUCCCCUCCACAACACAAAGGUAUCAUAUGUAAGUAGUCUCACAGUUACACACAAAAAAAUGUUCUCUGGGGCCACAUGAUUGAGAAAUAUUCUUUCUCGAAGGGAUCUGGAAAGGAAGUUACAUGGAGGAAGAGCCUAGGUGAGUGAAUGGCUUGAGAGUCUGUGUGCAGAAGGAAGCAUCUCAGAAACAUGAUUGCUGAGGUUAGGGAGGUAGAUAGAAGGGGGACAAUGAUGAGGAGUAUAUUCUAAGUCAAAUACGAGUCUGUUCAAUGCCAUAUGUAUUUAAUCAGGAUUGGAUUUGGCUAUGAGAGAUGGAAAAUUCAAAAUACUAGUAGCUUUGGCAAGGUAUAAGUUUUCUUUCAUACAGAAUUUCACAUGUACAGAGGCCAGAGCUGGUACCUUGGCUGCAUUAUGUCAGAGACCCAGCUUCUAGUCCUCUAGCUCUGCCAUGUGUUGCUUCUAUUCUUGACCUAGAAUUGCUGCAAAAGCAUCAGCUUUUCUCUCUGCAUCCCAGAGAGCAGCAAAAAGAAUACCAAAAAAGAACAUGUUUCCUACUUUGGAAAAAAUCUAUGCAUGGUAUUUGUGCUUGAUCCCACCAACCAGAAAGUUGUCCAAUGACCACAGGUAACUGCAGGGGAGGUCCGAAAAUAUAGCCUUUAUCUGAGAUGGGCCCAGCUGAAAUUUAAAGUUUUAAUGCUAAGGGAAUUGGAAAUAAAAUAGUGUAUACUGGGUGAUCACGUACUUGAAAAAGAGAGUUUGCCUAGCAUACCACCACCCAAAGAGUUUUGGAAGCUUUAAAAUAAUUCCAGAGAAUAUGUAUAGUGUUCGUUUGCUCUGAUCAGCAGAAAGAUACAGAGCAAAAGUUUGCCAUAGUUUAAGCAUAAGACAUAAGAGAAAAGCAUGUGUGUUGUGAUUUUGAUUUAGGGAAUUGAUAUUAUUACUUGAUAUUACUUGAUAUUAUAUUAUCUCUGCUGUUUCCUACUCUUUUUCAGAGUUUCUUGGUGUAGCUCAGAAAUUACACACCUAUCCUUCAUAUUAAGACAUUCAGAUUUCUAUGACAUACACAAGAGGUUUGAAGGAAAUAACAAAUCUGAAUUCAGAUCCCAAAGUAACAGCAUCUUUUAACUUCUCCUUUAUACAUUUUUGCCAAUUUUGAAUAGAGAAAUACAUAAUGCUCCUGGUUCUCCAUUGCUUUGAGGAGUUAUGAAAAAAAUAUUGCUGAAAUGUAAAUGCUGGAAAGGGGGUGGGAACAAUACUAACUCGCUAUCAGCAAGUAAUACCUCAGCCCAAAUUAAUUUAUGAGAUUAAUUUGUGAUCAACUAGCACAGUUAUGAGAAAAAAGGGAGAAAAGCAGGUGAGUUUCAAUAUAGAAACUUCUGAAAAAAUCAGACACUUGGAACACUUAUUGAUUUAUCUAUACAACAAAGGUAUAUUAAUUGCCCACUGUGUGUCCUGCACUUUUCUAAGCUCUAAGAAUUUAGAGAAAGAAGAUUUACUAUGAACUCAAGUUACUGUAACUUGAUAAGUAAGAAUAGCAAGUAUUUUAUUUUAAGAUAGGGACAUAUAACAUUAUGGGAAUCUGAAAAUGAUAAUAUGGAAAACCCUUAAGAUUGUGGUGGCAAAAGUCUACUAGAAGAUGAAAAUGUAGAUGACAUGUUCAGAAGUUUCAGGCAGGACAUGUUAAGAAAUAGAGAAAGCUUGAAUAGAGGACCUGUGGUAAGGUUAGGACAUGGACUAAAAUGUUCAGUGUUACUAGUUUAAAGAAUAUAGUUGUAUAUUGAGAAACAAGGAAAAUAGCAAGAGAUUAAGUAGAAAAACUAGAUACUAGAUAGCAAUCAGAUGUAACAAUAUUUGCUAUGCCCUGAGGAAGGAGUUGAACUUAAUUCCCAGCGUGGUAGGGGAGAACUACAAAACUUUUCAGCAGUGGCAUGUCUAGAACUACGCACAAUACUAGCACACGUGUCAGCACCAUAGUCCCAACCUGUUCGUAGCCUAGAGUCUGGCACUCUUGCCAGGCUGGUUGUUGACUACCGUGAGGCUACUGCUGGGUGUGGCAUUUUGAUACCUGAAGAACAAUAUUUACAGCGAGGUAAAGAUUAUGGUGCCAUGCUGGUUGUUGGAGACCAACAAGCUACUGGAUUGGAAAGGACCCCUGCAAGCCAGAGGCAUGUCGGGAAAAGGAAGCAUAAGGAGAAGUAUAUACGGAUAAGCACACUCUUAUUGCCCCCUCCAUUCACACACACUACUUGUUGAGCCACACAACACCGUAAGUAUACCAAUUGCUUUUUAGAACCAUUUUUCAGGUUUCUGUUGCUUCUGCUGAGCUUCUCUUCUCCGAUUACCCUAUUUGAGGCAAUGAAAACCCGUUCAGAUUCACCUUUCUCCUUUUAUAAACACCAAAGCCAACUUACACAACCUGUCUUCUGUGCACCAUUGUAUUAUUUAUACAUCUAUUUAGCAGCACACUUUCCAGCUUCUAUGCACUGUAUACCCUCACCCCAGGCAGUAGUGAGUAAUGAGCUCUAAAAUGCAUGAACCUGCUAUUAUUUUGGGAUCCCUCUUCCCACCACGCAAACUUUCUGACAUGUUGAAGGUAUUCAGGAAAAUGUGUCCCCUGCUUGACUCCCAGCUUCCAAACUAGACAUCUAAUAUCUUAAUAUCUCAUACAUUUCCUUGCCUUUCUCCAAUUUUCUAUCUUCAAUCAGAGUUUGUGUUAUAUGAAAGAAAAAUAGUUUCAUGAAAAGGGCAUCUUGCAAAGGUACAGAACCUCCCCAGCAGGCAGUUGCCAUGGAAGGCUGCUUCCAGAGUGAGGCCAGCUUAAGAAGGAUCCGGUGGCCUUGUCCUCACUGGUGUAACGCAGACACUUGGACUGAGCAGUGACAAUGGAGCAAAGGCGCCUCUAAGUUUCCCUGGUGGCUGCCGCAUUCAUCCGGGUGCUCUGGACCAUGCAGUCACUUUGGUGGGAACUGGCUGGGUGGCUCCGUGUGCCUUGUGCCAACUUGACUGCUUGGGUGCUUUGCUUCUUGCAAUCCCACCAGCGAGUAUCAGCAUCCAAGGAUUCCAUCCACUGGCUCCAGGUUCUCUUAAGCCUCCAGAGAAAAGGAUUCAGAGUCAUAAAGAACAUUUGAGAUUAACCUGGUCCCUGAGCUACAAGCACACAUUGAGGGCUGCCAACACCAAUAAAGUCACAUUAAACUCCCAACCACAGGAGAAAUUCUCACAUGCAGCUUCCAUUCAUUAGCCUGGAGACUUAGCUGUAGAGUUGAUUUCAUGUUCCAAGAGAAGAGGCUUCUAUGAAAUGCCUGACAUAAGUCAUCCUUGUUAGGAAUUAGCACAGUGACCCACGUGGUGGAUCUGGACAUUUGGGUUAGCAUUAGAGUGAUGGAUUUAUUUUGCCCCGCUGGUACCCCUCACCCCUGCUCCCAAAAGCUUCCAUCUUCCAAAGAUGCAUAGACAGUAGACUGCUCCUCACCACAAGAGUUUUGGUCUAGAGCUGCUGCUAUCUGCCGAACAAGGUCCUCUUUUGUUUGUGUUGGAAUUUGGCUACAUGAAUGCCCUCUUGAUUCUUGAUUUUUAAAACGUGUUGUUUAGAUAAAAAUGAGUGGUAAAAAGGACUUUUGAAAUAAAAAUGGAUUGGACUGCAUCUUUUCA